AUGGCUGGUGCAGAGUGCUGGACUGAAUGGUUUGACAGGGAUGAUCCCAGUGGAACUGGUGACUGGGAAACCCUUUCCAACCUUCGCCAAGAAAACCCGGGGAAGAUCUGCCCUUCACCACUUCAGAUCGAGGUCACAACUACGUCUGGGCUCAGUAUGGCUUCAGCAGGGAACGUGAUUGCUGUCGCUGACACCACCACAGGAUUCAUCUGCAAAAACAGCGAUCAAAAGAAUAAACGCUGCCUUGAUUAUCGUGUUCGUUUCAGCUGCCCUUUCCCAUUCUGUGCAGGAGUGUGCUGGACCCCGUGGUUUGACCGGGACAACCCCAGUGGAACAGGGGACUGGGAGCAUUUCUCUGCCCUCAGGAGCGAGAACUCAGGAGUCAUUUGCGAUAAUCCUCUGUACAUACAGGCUGUUACCACUGACACGAUGACCCCUGCCGUCUCUACAGGGCAGAACUUCUACAUCUACAGUCCGACUGGAGGAUUCGUCUGUCGCAACCAAGACCAGACCACAGGCAUGUGUCGCGAUUAUAAAGUUAGGUUUGGAUGUCCAUGCGCUCAUUAA